AUGGAGAACAAUGCGAAAUCAGAGAGUGAGGCGAUGAGGAAACCUGAAUUACAAGAAAUCCAACAACUGACGCCUCCAAUUGAAACUAGCGGCGAUGGUGGUUGGGGUGGUUGGGGCUUCUCAUCGGUUUUUUCCGAUCUUCAGAAGGCUGCUGAAGAGAUCUCUCGCAAUGCUGCAGAGGCUGCCAAGACAGCAGCACAAAGCAUUGCAGAUAUGCAAAUUGCAGAGGAAAGCUCUGAUUCCUCAAAGGAGGAUGAAAUAGACACAUCGGGUAAAGAAGAUGACACUGAAGAUGAGGAGGUCACUAGACGCAAAGCUGCUUUGGACAAGCUAGAGAAUGCUAGUGAGGAUACUCUCCUUAGUCAGGGUUUGAAAGUUCUCGAUAAUUCUGUGGAGAAUAUCGCUUCAGGAGCUUGGCAGGCAUUUGGAAAUGCAUGGAGAGGGGGUUCUACUUUUGUUCAAAAACUGGAAAGUUCUGCCGCAAGUCUUGCUGAUUCUAUUAAUCAAGGUGAUGCUGGUUCUGUUGCCCCGUCUUUGUUAGAGACUGGUAAAGCAUUUACCGCCAGAGGAAUGCAAGUGCUUGAGCAUGUUGGUAAGGAAACUAUGGAUCUGCUAAUUGCAGAAACUGGUAUUGAAGUUGACAAAAAAUCCACCGAACUAGAAGGUGAGGAUCAAUUGCUCGAGGAAGUAACAUUUGAUCGGUACUUUUACAUCUAUGGAGGUCCUGAGCAAUUAGAGGAACUGGAGGCGUUGUCAAGCCAUCAUGCAUUGUUAUUUAACCGAAGAAAAACCAAACUUUCUUCUGAGCAAAAGUCUGUUUAUGAUUCUAAGCUUAAACAGGUGCAACAAAUUUUCAGUUUGGACUCUGAAUAUGACGGAAUUGGUUCAGAGCUGGAAAAGGGGAAGCAGGUAGAAACUAGAACCGACACAACCAUUGAUGAGAUGAAGAAUCUUCAUGAUUCUAGUGUCAGUAAAGCUGCUGAAUUGGCUGCAGGCUUUGCCAGUGCCCUAGUAGGACAAACCCCCAGUGAUAUAAUACAGAGAACGGCUGGCAGACUAGAUUCUCUUCACUCAGAGGGGGUUCAUAGACUUUCAGAAAUGUGCUGUUCUGCGGUGUCCCAGCUUCUAAUGAUCGGGAAAUCUGUCAUAUCCAAUGCAGACAAAGCUCCAGAUACUGACGCUGAUGAUAUUGUGAAAAUUGAUUGGCCCGAGGAUGCUAUUGAAAAAGCAAAGGUGAUCAGAAUUAGGGUGCAAUCAAUGACCGGAAAGGUGGAUGAAGUUUCCAACAGUUUUAUAACAGGCAUAUCAGAAGUAGCUGAAGCUUGUUCAGCAGCCAUUAAAACCGCGACUACAGACUCAGCUGUGUUUCUUCAAGAGAAACCAAUCGAGGAGAAAACACAUGAAUUUUCUGAGAAUCUUCGUGUGGAUCAAACCACAGCCAUAGGAAAAAUUCAGGACGGCCUGCAGUACUUGUCGUAUCUUGUUAUUUCUAGCUCGAUGCCUGCUGCUUAGAUAUCUUGCAAAGCUCUACUACUCUAUGUACAUACACAUGUUGAAUUAAGUGUGACAUGUAGUGCCAGUUACAUGAGUCUUCUAUUAGUGUAGACUCCUAGAAUUCAACUUGCAUACAGUUACUAGCUCUGAAUCUCUAUUAUUGUAGAACCUGCAUAAAAUUCCUGGUUUCAGGUAUUCAUUCCUCUAAAUUCUAUGAGUAGGAACUUCUGCAUGAUGCUUGUUGAGAAAAUGAAGUUUCUUUUUCAUAA